CUCUGCACCUCUGCAGUCUGCACACACGCACAAGAAUCGAGUGAGCCAGAGUUGAGAGUUCGUUCCAUCUCCCUUCGCUCGCCACGUGGCAGCCGCUAGUCCUUAUCGCCGCCGCCGCCCACCUCGCCAUGGCGCCGCCACCCGCCGCCGCCGCCGCCGUGGACGGAGUCGGGGUCGGGGUCGGGGCGCACAGCGUGUUCGUGUACGGGAGCCUGAUGCAGGACGAGGUGGUGCGCACCAUCAUCAAGCGCGUCCCGCCCUCCUCCCCGGCGCUCCUCCCCAACUACCACAGGUUCAACAUCAAGGGUAGGAUUUAUCCUGCAAUCCUACCUGUUCAAAGCAAGAAAGUUGCUGGCAAGGUCAUCACCGGUGUUACUGAUGCAGAGCUCCAGAUUCUGGAUGAAUUUGAAGAUGUGGAGUACGUGAGGACAAGAGUUGAGAUAUCAUUAACUGAUACUUCAGAGACAAUGCUUGCUGACACCUAUGUAUGGGCUGAUGCAGAGGAUCCAAAUCUUUAUGGUGAAUGGGAUUUUGAGGAAUGGAAGAGGUUGCACAUGAAAGAUUUCCUUGCGAUGACCCACGGGUUCAUGGAUGGCCUCGAACAGCCUGAAUCCAAGUCCAGGGUUGAAACCUACCAAUCAUUCAUGCAGGAAAUCCAACAGCCUGGGACGACGACGACGACGACCCAGGUUGAGAUUUGAAGGACUACAUUGCAAUAUUCGCCAAUAGCCGAUAUAUAUAGUGAAAUGGCAGUUCGCUGUAUUAGCAUGUUAGUAUGAAAUAACCCAUCUCCUCGAGAGUGUAAUCUUUAUACUUUAUAGCAUCAUCCAUUAAUAAUACAUGUAAGAAUAAAGUUUCUACUGUGAUUUCUGUUGGUCCAAUGUGUGCUGGUGAAGUGGUGAUUCAUGAUCUUUAGCAUAGGUUA